AAAGCGCGCGGUGUGUGGACGCGCGCCGCAUUCCAUAUUCAAAAAUUCAAACUUCCUUUGUUUAUUGUUUGUAAAGCGUUUUGAUACUCUGUAGCUGUUGAAUUGAAUUCUGUUAAAAGUGCAUUUCAUAUACAAUUGAGAAUAUUUUUUUAAUUGGUUUGUUAAGUUAUGGAUGACUUGGAACUGCGCAGAGGUUAGACAAGAUGGCCGUUUCCGGUGACGUCACAUUGGCACAAGAUGGCGCCCGAUUGCAUCCUUAUAUCGUCGCGUUAGUACGUUGGUGCGUCUCUUCGUUCUGGAGCACGGCUUCGGUUCUCAUCCAUCGUCUACUGACUGCGCCAUUGCCGCCUAUCACAGCUGCAAAACCCGCAAAGACCCGCCCAGCAAGCUCAGACCAUUUGCAUCCGGUACCUUUGGUGGACUGUGUGGUCCUGCAUAAUCCACCGAGCCACACGAUUGACGUGAUCUUCGUUCACGGAUUAUAUGGUUCUUUAGGUAACACAUGGAGACAAGGAGAAUGGAAAGCGAACUACAAAAUGAAUCCCGAUAUUGUACCUUUACGAAGACAUUCCAAUUCAAUUCCAGAAAUGACAGAACAAAAUAUACAGAUUACACAAAGCGAUGACGAAGAUUGUAAAGACAAUAGUUUUAAUAAAAAAAUGGACGAUUUUAGAGAGAAAAUGAAUGACUUAAAAUAUAAUAGAGAUAGAAUUAAUAAUAAAUUCAUUAAUUUUAAUGAAUUUAACGAUCAAAAUGAUUAUGAAAAUAGAACUGAUUUUAAUGAUAUGAUGAAUAAUGAAGAUCGUAGCCAAUUGAACGAUGAUUUAAAAAACAUAUUCAAAGAUAACGUGGAUAAUGUGAGCGAAUUCUACGAAGACAUGAAAAAAAUACUUCCGAACGAAAAUAUGUUUAUAACCGAGAAAUUUUAUAACAACACAUUGCUGGAUCAAGUUGAAAUCGUUGGGAAUUACGAAUCUCAGGCGAAUUUUGUGCGUGACCUAUUCAAAAGCAGUUGCGAGAGUAAAAAUGAUAAUUGUGAGUGUCAUGGUGAGUGUGAGGUGGGUUGUGGGUGUGUGUGUGACAUGUGCUAUUCACCAUGUUGGCCCAAAGACUGGAUCAAAGAGGACUUCCCUGGUGCAAGAGUUAUUUCAAUAAAUUACACCAGUGAUCCGUAUUUAUGGAGGCCGCUGUGGAUCAAAGAAAUCAAAAGAUUAAGGCUUCACGAGAGAGCAGAACAAAUGACGUCACAGCUGUUAGACCUGGGAGUUGGGCAGAAACCCAUAAUAUGGGUUGGGCAUUCGAAGGGAGGUCUGUUCAUCAAGCAGAUUUACUGUGAUGCAUACGACGCGCAUUUACAAGUAACGAAAGAGUCAGUGGGGCAAAACGAAAUUGAUGAUGGAACAAACGAAUUUAAUGAUAGAUUUAAUGAUAAACAUAGUAAUGAUAUAAGUGAUGAUGCAUUGUGUAAUACGAAUGGGAUAGAAGAUGAAACUAUACAAAAUAGUGGAAAUCCAUCAAAACGGGCCGGUCUUUGGCGGAACAGCGCUGGUUUCAUGUUCUACUCCGUGCCUCAUAGGGGUUCACCACUCGCUGACAUAAAGACUCCAAUAACUGCAAGGAGUAUAGAACUGUUGGAGAUAUGUAAAAAUUGUCCACUUCUCCUCUCCCUGCAGGAGAGAUGGUUAGCAGCCACUUCACCCUUCAGCCCAGCAGUCCACAGCGUUGUAGAGACCUGCAGGACUCUCAUGUCAGUUCUUUGGUUGAGGAUUGUUAGCAUAGAUUCCGCUGAUCCUGGAAGGGGCUCAUUACAUGGGGUUUCGGUCGAUCACCGAGAAAUUUGCAAGCCAACAAGUCGACAUUGCACGUUGUACACAGAGCUUAUAAGUUUAAUGCGUACUGCGCUUAACAAGUCUUGAUCUUCUCCUUUUCAUUAUUAUUCAGAUCUCGUGGGUUCAAAUUAAACAGCUUAAUAAGAUUUUUCAUACAUUAACAAUAACAUCGUAACUCAAAAAUGCGUGACAUGAGUGCGAACAGUUUGUUAUGGAAUAUUUCCUAUGGGUAGAGAAACUUGGGGCAAACUAUGACUUUUGUAUAAUGACUGACGCAAUUCACGAUUCCCACGAUACCCAUAACAACUGCGGAAAGGAAGCUAUAGACCAAACAGUGGAGAGCAGCCUUGCGAUUCUGUAACUCACUUUUCGAAAUCUCACAGCGGUUUUCGCAAUGGCGGUCGCGCUUAAAUCAGUCGUAAAGCAGUCAUUUUACGAUUUGGCGUUCUAAUAAACAAAAAACUACAAGCUCCCUUGUCAGAAUGCCAAGUCGUAAAAAGCCGCUGUGAGAGUUCGAAAAGUGAGUUACAGAAUCGCAAGGCAGGGCAGCAGGAACCUGAGAAGAUCAUAAUGAAGUUGGUAGAAUAUAAUAUAAUUUUAAAUAUAGUUAACAAAUAUUAACAAGAAUUUAUUAUCACCACCUAUUUUACAAAGUACUUGCU